CACCAGCACAAGGUAGUGUACCUGAGCGCCUCGUCGUCCCUGACGACACACCCUCGCCCCCUAAGCUUCUCGUCCCUGCGUCGUCCAGACGUGCUCAUCGUGUCGUCCCUCAUCCACCGUCCCGCGUCCAACCUCGACCUCAUGAUGGGCGACCUAGCUGUGCGGCUCUGCCGUACACGCCCUCCGCAACAACGGCUGCGUGCUGGUGCCAUGCUACACCAGCAAUAUGGUGUACAGAGUAAUGGAGGUGGUCGACAAUGCAGGAAGUGCGAUGAGAUCUGAGCGAAUAGAGGUAUUGAUCAAAGCGGCUUACGGUGGUUGGCAAGAGGGCUCGUGAGCAUUAUUUCGAUUUGUUAACUUGUUUUUCGGGGUUUUAAAGGUAAAUUCAUGGUUUUAAGGAAGCAUACACUUGCCCUCGACCUCGCACGGCAGCGUGAAGCGGAUGCAUGCAGAGUAGGACGUGAACCAGCUGGAGCUGUAGCUCCUCGCGCCAUCUUUUUUCUAUAGGAACUAAAUCUAUAUUUUACUACUGCAUCGACAAGUUUAGGUCUCUUUUUAUGGACAUUUUCUCUAGCGUUGCCUUGCUGAUCACAGUCCUCUCGGCCAAUCAGAGCUUCCCUCUCAAGCACCUUUGGAAGAAUAUUGUCUUCUUGUUGUUAUUGUUGCCGUCUUCAGUUGCAAUGCAGAAACUCGAGGCGAAUAAAAGAUACAAUUAUU